AUGUCUCUCCGCAACAUCAAGAACCUCGUCCCCCUCCUCGACCGCGUCCUGGUCCAGCGCCUCAAGCCCGAGGCCAAGACCGCCUCCGGCAUCUUCCUCCCUGAGAGCAGCGUCAAGGACCAGAACGAGGCUAAGGUUCUUGCUGUCGGCCCCGGUGGUUUGGAUAAGAAUGGGAACCGCAUCCCCAUGAGCGUCGCUCCUGGUGACAAGGUUCUGAUUCCUCAGUUCGGUGGCAGCUCCCUGAAGGUCGGUGAAGAGGAGUUCACCCUCUUCCGAGAUGCUGAGCUUCUUGCUAAGAUCCGCGAGUAA